GCACUCUCACAGUCCCCCGCUCUCUUUUUUUCUGCAUGUUUUGUCAGGAGCUCAUCACCACAGGAGAGGCAGGCAAACACAUGUACUUCCUCGUCUCGGGUACCCUGAUCUAUACUCGCGAUGAUGACGAGCAUCAAGCCAUUACGACUACCCAACCUUGGUUGGUUGAGCCAGCUCUAUGGCUAAAAUGGCAGCAUGUUGGCACUGCGAGUAGCAGUUCUCAGAGUGAGCUCGUCUGCCUCGACGCAUUGAAAGUGCAGGACAUCCUCAAAGAAGAAGUGACAGUCCGCACAUAUGCGAAGAAAUUUUGGCGGUAUUUUCGAGAAGCUCCUGAGAUGCUCUCUGACAUUUGGAUCGAUGAGGAACAUGUGUACUCAUGGGCUGCUAGUGCUAUGAGCAUGGCCGAAGAGAUCCUGGGGACCGUCAUCCAACCUGAGCCGUUGAGCCCGAACUUUACAAGGUUUCUCAAUGGAUUGCGCCGCAUGAGCAAUGGCAUGCUACACCGCUUCUCCAUAGUCAGCUAUGUGAGCCAAAACAGUGGCAACGGAACAGGUCCUGGAAAGCUUCCUCCUCAACUGCAGGAGCUGGUUGAACGCAUGCAGCUUGCCCGCCAGGAGCAGGAGGCAGAGAGCAGAAGCAGCUCAUCAGGACUUGACGACAGCGACAGCGAUCGCGAGGCGCCACGGACCAAUCGCCAUGGCUCCAUUUGCCAUGUGGUGCCAGCACAGCCGCAUUGAGCCAGGUCAGUAAGAACCAGGCUGAGGGUACUCCGUUCUGGAUUCGACGAGUGUCUUGCUGCUUUUUCGCCCUUUCGCACCCUGACAUUCCGUU